AUGCGGGACUCAAGUCAACUUCGAGUGCAAAAGGCACAAUGGAAGGUCUGCUUCAGGGAUAUUAAUGAGGUACGGUUUUUUCUGCAAUGUCGUUUCUCCUCGAGACUGGUUACAUGCGUGUUCUCGAAGAAAGCAGACAGCAUUAUGGAUAAUGUGUCUUCACGUUCCCCGAUUCGAAGCCAGAAUAGACUGUUGAUGGUAGUUUUCGAAGCCAAGGCUAAGACCAGUGAAUGUUUAGAACUGUACGGAGACAGCGCUGGUGAAAGCGUUCGAGGAAUCGCAGAUGAUUCGUUGAAGAGACAGUUAAGUUCUGAAGGAAUGACUUACAGUGUAUCGGUGUUGUUGUAUGUCCGAAAAGUAUAG